GAGUGUGACGUAAAAAAGGUGCGCCGUAACUACGCGAAGAACGAUGGCGGUGUCUCAGCCGAAGCUGGACAAAGACAGCGAAGACUCCUCUCUGUUGCCUUUAGUUCAUGAUAUUAUCAAAUGCAUGGACAAGGACAAGGAGGGCCCAGAUGUUCACCAAGAGCUGACGAAGCUGCUGAAAACCAAGAUCCAGAAAGCCCGGGAGCAAAUCACCAACAUGCCUGGGAUAGACAGCAGUCCACAGGAGCAGCAGCAGCAGCUCGCCACUCUGAGAGAGCAGGUGCGCACCAAGAACCAGCUGCUGCAGAAAUACAAGAGCUUAUGCAUGUUUGAUGUACCCAAAGCAUCAUGACACCGGUGGAUGGGUACUUCCCUGACUACAAGAAACAAAUACUGAUCAAGGACAUGGCAUAGUCAUGAUUUUUCCAGCAAUGCGGGACGUUUUGUGUUAUUUUGUACGUGUUUGGGUCUGUACAUUUGGUUCUUGCGUUUUCUAAUCUUGUAAUUUUUUUGUAUUAAAGUAAUUUUCAAAACCCUA